GCAUCUAUGAAGUGGUGUUGAACCUCAGCGCCGGCUUCCACGAGUUCAAGUUCAUCAACAGCAAUACCUGGGAGAAUGUCGAGGAAGUGCCGUUUGGAUGCAGCGAGCAGCAAUCGGGGCACUUCAAUCGCUACCUUUCCAUACCAGAUGGUGCGACUUCAUUUGAGUAUCACGUUUGCUUCAAUGCCUGCGAGCCUUGCAACCAAUUGCCUCCUUGCAAGCUCUUCACAUGUCCAAGCUGGAUGCUUCACCGGCCAGAAGCACUGGAUCUCAUCGCUACAACCACAGCAGAGUGCUGUGUGGAUGGCUCCUCCAACUUGAUGGACGUCGUGAUCAGGAGUGCCGGCUAUUCCGAUGGGAACGAGGCA